AGCCAAACCCCCCAACUGCUACGUUCCCCCGACACCCAACUCACUGGCUGGCUGGCUCCGCCCCGCGUCCGCGAAGCUUCUCCCUGCCCCCGCGCCGUAUAUAGGACCACGCACCCGCACGGCCACCACCACGAGCACGCCGCACGCGCGCCCACCUCCAACCCACUUCUCGCUCUUCUCCUUUGCCGCGCCGCGCUCGUGUCCGUGCGCACGUGCAGCCGUGCUCGAUCGGCACAGCCAGCCAUGGCGGCGGGCGCCGGCAGGUCGAGGGAGGCGGACCCCGCGCGGUGCAGGAGGCACCCGAAGCACCGGCACGAGGCGGGCGUGUGCCCGUUCUGCCUCCGGGACCGCCUGUCGCGCCUCUCGGCCGCCGCAGCCGGCGCGUCCGCGUCGUCGUCGUCGGGCUCCUCCUCCCCGUGCUCGUCGUGGGAGGAGACCGUCGCGCUGUCGUCGGCGCAGGCGCCGCGGCCCCGCCGCGGGAACCUAGGCCUGCUGCUGCGGCAGGAGGGGAGGGAGGCUGCGGCGCUGGCCGCGGGACGCCGCGUGGAGCAGGAGCAGCAUCAGGAGGAGAGGACGGCCAGGAGGGGCAGCAACUUCUGGGCGCGGCUGCAGCAGCAGCUCCACCACGGGGGCUGGCACAGGAAAGACGGGUGCUCGGAGGCCGCCGAGAAGCAUGGCGACGCCGCCGCGACAAACAAGCGAGCGCCUUGGGUCUGAUGCAGGCGGCGGAGGCCGACGUGAGCGGCGAGGUUGUGUGCUGUUCGCCUGUUCCUGUGUUUACGCCGUUGAUUAUCUCGUAAUUCCUUCGGUUUCUUUUCUUUCUGUCCUGUGAAUCUGUGAUCUGCUGCCCGACUAGCAAAAUGUGGCCUAAUGGCUCGCCCAUUUUGUAAACAUCACCAAAUGAAGGCUUUGCACUCGGCUCAUUCGUGUUCUUCUGCAGACAUGAUCAGGAAGCUAAUCGUGUUCACUGAC